GAUGAUGCACGUGAACCCUACUGCUGCUCCAGGAGAGGAGCGGACUGAGGCCGGUACCGUCCGGACCUCCCGGUCCACUGAGGCUCGCCUUUAGGCGGCUUCCUGUGGAGGCUAACCGGCCGGCCGACAGCAGAAGCUCCGCGGGCCGGCCAUGGCAGCUGGUGCGGGCGUCCUGACUGAGCGGCCCCACUCCGUCAGGGCGACCGGGGGAGAGGAGAUCACCGCAGACAUGGAGGCAGCCAGCAGCCGAGUCCCCACCGCCAAGUACACCAAGAUGGGGGAGACACUGAGACACGUGAUCCCUGGUCCCAUGCAGUGCUCCAUGGCGUGUGGCGGCAGGGCCUGUAAAUACGAGAACCCGUCGCGCUGGAGGGAUGAGGAGCAGGUCAUCAAAGGCCUCUACUCCUCCUGGAUUACCGACAACCUGCUCGCCAUGGCGAGGCCGUCCUCUGAAACAAUAGAGAAGUAUCAGCUGAUCCAGCAAUUCCAAAGGUGCGGCCUGAAGACCGUCAUUAACCUGCAGAGACCCGGAGAGCACGCCAGCUGUGGCUACCCGCUGGAACAGGAGAGUGGAUUUGCCAGUCCUCAGUCUGCUUGCCUUGCUGUUUCAGUCUAUUACUAUAACUUUGGGUGGAAGGACUACGGCGUGGCGUCUCUGACCACCAUCCUAGACAUGGUGAAGGUGAUGUCGUUUGCUGUCCAGGAAGGAAAGAUGGCCGUCCACUGCCAUGCUGGCCUCGGCAGAACCGGCGUGCUGCUGGCCUGUUAUCUGGUCUUCACAACCCGGAUGACGGCGGAUCAAGCCAUCCUCUUCGUCCGAGCCAAAAGACCCAACUCCAUCCAGACCAGAGGCCAGCUGCUGUGCGUACGCGAGUUCGCCCAGUUCCUGCUCCCUCUGAGAAGCGUGUUCUCCUGUGCAGAACCCAAAGCCAGCGCCGUCACUCUGUCCCAGUACCUGACCCGGCAGCGCCACCUGCUCCACGGCUACGAGGCGCGGCAGCUUAAGAACGUCCCCAAGAUUGUGCAGCUGGUGUGCCGCCUCCUGGUGGACAUCGCAGCCAACAGACAGGUGGUGGUAGAGGAGGAGCAGCUGGAGAUCCCUGACCUCACUGCCGAGGUGGAGAAGACGGUGUCCCAGCAGGCCCUUCAGCAGCUGGGCCAGGAGAUGAUGGGGAAAGGCAUCCCUGUGCGACCCAGUUCACCGUCAACACUCAGCGUCCCGGAAUCCUCACGGGAUCAGCCGCUGGUCAGUGAUAACGAGCUGGACCCUUUGUGGAGGCAGCAGAAUCUGGGCAGCCCUCAGAGGUCUCUGUCCGGCCGCAGAACUCUGAGCGACUCUCUGCUGAACGGCCGUGGCCCCGACCAGGACCAGGCAGACCGCCUUAGUAAACCAAUCAGCUGCCUGCUGAGACACUGGCUGUCUCACAGUAACCUCACCACCUGGGACCCGUCCAGCUGCUGCUCCCUCUCUACCUUGGACAGAAUGGGUAGGACAGGAGCCGACCCGGCCGUGGGACGCUGCGUCUCCCAUAAGAGGCAUCACAGUUUAAGUUUGCUGCUGUCAGAGCUGGGAAAGCAGUCUUACUGCGAUGCCGCUCCACCUCCCGUUUCUCUCCAGAGCAGCCUAGAAGCCACGGCAGGCGACGCAGGCGGAGAGCUUUCUACAGAGAACAGACGCCUGGCAGUGGCCAAAGCUCUGGCUCUGGACCCCACUGAGAGGCCACCAGAGGUGUCCGCCAGGGUUUCCAUGUGGCAGGUGGAGCUGAACUCCAGAGAGGGGGCCUGGGAGAGGCUGUGCAAUGAAACAGAUCCAGUGGUCCUCGGCAGCCUGAUGUGGUCCUGGCUGGAGCAGCUCAGGGAUCCCGUCCUCAGCCAGCAGGACGUCCAGAACCUGAGAGACAACAGCGUGGAUCCUCAGAGCGCCAUCAGCUCCCUGGAGAAGGGCCGCAGGAUGACUCUGCUGUGUGUGCUUAGCUGUGCCGCUCGCCUGCUGCCCCUCCCUGAUCACCUGCUGCUGGAUCUUCUCACCCGAACCAUCGGAGCGUUCACCAAGACGGAUCCAGCCUCGGAGCAGAACCAGUCUUUGUACGGAGCGCUGAGGGCAGUGCUGACUCCCUUCCUUUAUUCUCUGCGUGACGGAGCUGUGGAGAUGACCGAAGACCCCUGAUGGGAACGGACCCGGCGGAUGGCGUCCCCGACCAUCAGAUGUUUUCUACUGACCGUACUGAUGCUCUGCUGUGUCUUAUUAUUUAUUGAGUUCCUGUCUUUUAAACAAGGAGCCGUCUGAACGGCGUGUUCUGUUCCGCAUCUCACCAUCAUUUCUGUUGGGUGUGUGUGUGUGGGGGGGGAUUAAUCAGUCAGUCAACACUCAUUUUCUAUUCUCUCUAAAAGUUGCUUCACAGAGAAAUAAACGACUCUGAUGUCUGGAAUGUCCGGCCUGGUU